UAUUUGAAGCGUGAGAAAGUUUUUUUGGGUAAAACUAGCGUGACCACUUAUAUGGCAGAUCACUAGCCGUAUACACAUUAAUUUUUAUUUCUUCGUCAAAGCAAGAUGGACGUGACAUACGAUAGUGACGGGGGAGAUUUUCAGGACACUGGCACCUUCCUUGUUAAAGGACCAGACGACGACCGACUCCUCAAACUUAAAAAGGUACAGAUGUCUUGUACAACACUGGGACGGAUUUUUAAACUUGUACCAGACUCCAUAAUUCUGUAUGGCUCUGACGACUCUGUUGUCGUCCCAUGUUCCAGUGGAACUUUUGAUUUGAGUAGCUUCUUGACAUGGAAGAUAACUGGGGACGCGUUGCCCAACCAAGCGCCAAAGUUCAAUCCAUUCGCUUUUAGUACAGGCGGAGGUAGUGGUGGGGCAGAAGACUUCUUGCCAGGCCCGUCCAAGAGGUACCGCAAUCAAAAGAAGUCAGCACACGUGGCACAGGGAAAAUUUUCAUCAGGCACGGCUUCGGGAGUACACAAGGAGAAGUCUGAGAGCUCCUUCACCAAGAACUUUGUUAUCUGUGAGUUUUCUGAUGGAGCCUUACUUGAGAUCAAGUCAACUACCCUGUCGCUCUGUAAUGACACAACUACAAGGGAUAUAAAAAGGCUGCUCAUCCAAGAAUCUGAUUAUUUCAAAGCAUGCAAAAGUGAGGGAUCAGUAACUCUACUUGACUCCAAAGGGCUGGAGAUCGAAAAUACGACUGCCACUAAAGGCCGCACUUACUGGGGAACAAAUCGGAAGAUUAAGGCUGUGCGCACCUCAGACUGGUUCAAAAGCAAACGGAAGGGGUUAAAUCUUCCUACAUCCACAUCUUCCUCGUCGGAAAAUGAAUCGGUUCGUUUUCGUGAGGGAUCGCCGCCAGUAACACUUCAGUCACUAUACAAAGGUGUGACGAAAAUAGAAGAACUAGUCAAGGACUUGUCCAAGUCUAAAAGUACAGAUGACAUCGCAGCCAUUUUCAAAUGCAAAAUUUGCUUUGAAACAAGCAAGCACCCAGUUCUCACUACAAAGUGUUGUUUGAAUGUGGCAGGUUGUUAUGAAUGUAUAAAGAAAUGUGACAACAUGCAGUCAUGUAUUCUGUGUAGGGCAGUCCCAGAUGAAUAUGAUCCAAUGGGGAUGUAUUCAGAGAUGCCCCCUGUACGAGGAAUAUACAACUUGGCUGGAAUAGACUUGAAGUGAGUAUAAACAUAUUGCCGAAGACAUCGACAAACCCUUAUUUGUUAUUGCUUUGAGCCUUAAACUUGAAGAUCGUUGCUAUACUGUGUUUUCAGGGUAAAAGUUUAGGGCAGAAAAACAGAGUUGUGUGCCAAUGGAUGUUGCUACAGAAAUAGUUUAUUGUCAAAAGAGAAGGAUUUGUUACCACAGACGUGGUUGUGGCUAUUUUGUUUUCUUUGUGUAUAUGUUAUAAAAGUGGUGUUAUCGCUAAAACUAGGAUUAGUUGUGGGCCAAUAAGGUUAGAUUUUGUUUGGUUGACAGGAGGGGCUCAACACUCUUUUGGGAGGUGUGGAUAGAACAUUCUGUUCUGCUCACAUUUUAGACCAAGUAUUGUUAGAAUGACAUUAAAAAUCCUUUUGAUUUUGUGACACAAGUGUAACAACUUAUUGCUUGAAAAACUUUUUCAAGACUUAAAACGAGUUCUACAACAUAUAACUUGGAGUGUUCUUCUUUGGAAGUAAGAAGUAUUUAAACGUUUUCGUGUUGACGUGCAUCUGUUUCUGACAUGCAAUUUUGUUUAACUUUAAAGACAUGUUUAAACCGUAUAUACUUAGCGUUUUAAGAAAAGAGUUUUUACAAGAGGCUUAUCUUUAUAAUUCCUCUUGACAUGUUCUAUAAACUUUGCCUCUUGUUUUAUGUGUAAUAAUAACAUAAUGCCACAGUAAUCUGAAAUGACCUCGAGCCGAGCCAAUUUCUCUGUAUUAUUGACAAAUCUUGUUACGCUAAACUUUAAUCAAGCCACACUUUUUAGAAAAUUUGCAGAUUUCUAAAAGGGAGAGCUGAAUUUUGAGAAUUAGUCUUGCAGAUAUUUUAUACAGGGAAAGCUAUAUCCUAGUAUUUAUAAAUUUGUGGAAUUAUUGACAACCUCAAGUAUCUAAAAAGAAGUGAGAUCCUGAAAAGCAGAUCUUUUGCAUAUUUUGACGAAACAGGCCCCUUAGAAUCACACUUUCAUUGCCAGGUUUUUAGGUUGUUAGAGCAAUGGUUAGGUUGAUAACUUUAAAAUAUGCAAUUUAUGUUCAUGUGUACUUGUAAUCUGAAUAAACACAAAACUUUUCUGUCAUAAUUAAGUUUUAACUGCGAGUUGAAAAAAAUGCAAGUUAAUUAAAGAAGAGGCAAGAUUUAUCUAAAAA